AUGCGGCAACAUAAUGCUAAACUUCGAGCUUCACAAUCAAAAGAAGAAAGAGCUGCUCGCUUAGAGCACAUGCGGCAACAUAAUGCUAAACUUCGAGCUUCACAUUCAAAAGAAGAUAGAGCUGUUCGCUUAGAUCACAUGCGGCAACAUACUGCUAAACUUCGAGCUUCGCAAUCAAAAGAAGAUAGAGCUGUUCGCUUAGAGCACAUGCGGCAACAUAAUGCUAAACUUCGAGCUUCACAAUCAAAAGAAGAUAGAGCUAAGUUAUUACUCGGAGCCAUUUAUGGCUUCGUAUGCAGUCAAGUCAUCUAA